AUGGUACAAAUUCGUCGAUUAACUGAUCCUACAUCUGCAGCGGCGUUCGACCGUGCAGCUGAGGUCCUGGUUACGGCAUUCGAGCAGGACCCGUUUACAAUCGCAUGCACAGGCGGGGAAAAGACCUUGAUAUUCACAUUUCUGCGGGCUUUGAUUGCGGCAGUUGCUCUCGCAGGAGAAGUCUGGGUUGCCAGUCAAGGGGACCAAGACUUUGUUGGCGUCGCUUCCUGGGUAUAUCCAGAUCGACUGCUCAAUGACUCGCCAGAUCAAGGUGAAGCUGGUAUGAACGCGCUGUUUGCGUCGUUUCCCGCCGAGCUUGUCGAGUGGUGGAUGCUCACUUUAAUUCCUACUAUGGACGAACAGGAAGCAGAACAGCUCGGGCUCGGUAUCAGGCAGGAUUCUUACAACGUGUACGCAGUCGGUGUCCACCCGCAGUACCAUAAAGAGAAUAUCGCUCGGGCAUUGCUGAAAGUCGUAGAAGACAAGGCCAAUUCGCAGGGGAAGCUGAUUACCUUGGGAUGCACAUCUGAAACCAAUGUCGAAAUUUACACUAAGCUAGGAUACAUUGCCAAAGGUCCUCCUGUACCUAUUACCGGGCUGGGGACAACGGGUUCCUUUCCAUCCUAUUUAAUGGCGAAGAGGCCGGCAGCUCAGUUCAAGUAA